AUGACUUCGCCCGUAAAUGAGCCCGAGGGCCCAAGUCGCCCAGAAUCGCCGCGUCCAGACCCCCACGCUCCCGACGAGCCUGCUCCUCCGCCAGUCGCGAUGGCUUCGAACCCGACACCUGCGGCGGAGGUCAAACCCGAGUCCCAAGAUCAGAUUGGAGGUCCGAAAGACGAGUCGAAAUCUGGCCACGACGCGGCCGCCCCCUCCGCCAAUUCGGAACCGCCAGUCGCGAUGGACUCUACCGCAUCCGAACCGCCGGCUGAAGGUAGACCGCAGACUCCAAAACCCGAUUCCGCUGCUUCAUCAAAAAGCCUGGCUACCUCAGCUCUACCGCAAACGCCUGCCGAGAACGCAUCUCAACUGCCAGCGCCUCAGCCAGGCACCGCAACAAGCCAGUAUCAGACUGUGGCGGACCUUCAACCGUUCCAAGCGAACCUUCUCGCUGCCAUCUCCCAGGGCGAACAGGCUCUAACCGCAGGUAUGACAACGCCUAUGGUCGGUCUAAAUGGAGCGGGCGACAUGGGACAGACGUUUAUCGACUGGGACCUCGCGGCGAAGAAUCCCGACGCCAUGACAAGCACAAUGAUUGCUUUUCAUCAGAUCAUAAUGUCGUCGGUGACGACAGCAUCACCUGCGCAACUUCUCAUGGCUAUGAAAAAUGACGGAAACCAGCAGUCUUUAAACCGAGCUGCGAAUCUCCAGCCGACUAUCAACCCCUCAAAUGUCAUCUUGCCCAUCCAGCAAAGCGGAGCUGCAAACCCCCUGGCUGUCAGCAACAGCGGUCAGAUGGAUGGAACUCAAAUUACUCAGUCCAAGGGACUCGAAUCCUUUGCUCGCAUAGAGUUUGCCGACAGCAUCUUCCAGGUGACUACCUACGAAGUCGUGAUUGGUCGCGACUACAAAGCCAUGGUGGAGCAGAAGAAAGCAGAAGACCGGAGGGCCGCACAUCGAGAGCGGGUUCUGCAGGCCCAAAGGGAAGGCUUACCAGAGCCUGAAAUGGAGCCUGAGGAACUUUUCCAGCCACGGGAGAAAUAUAGCAAGUCGUACGUGUCCGAAGAAGGCGGCAUGCUUGGUCCGGCAUCGUCUGAGUCGGAUAAUCCAGACAAACCCCCGCGCAAACGGCGGAAGAGGGUACGAGCAACAGGAGACAAACGAGGGCAGUCUCCCUUGAACAAUGGUACUAGAGGAAACUCUCCAGCAAAUGGACGGCUACUAGGAUUGUUGCCUGACAGGCAAUACGUGGAACACACACCCGGCGCUGCCAAGGUUGACUUGGAAAAGCUCAAACCAUCACCUCAUCAGCGAGCCGAUGUUCGCAUCCAUUCUCCCAGGUAUUCGGGAACAAGGUCGAUAUCCCGAGAGCACCUGAAGAUUCUAUUUAAUCCAGACAAACAAGUGUUCGAAGCGACCUGCCUUGGAAGGAACGGUUUCUUUUACGAUGAUGUCUUCCAUACCGAAAUGACGACAGUAGUGCUCCGCAGCGGUUGCAUGCUCCAGAUCAGCGACGUUGAAUUUCAAUUCUUCAUCAAUGGAGUCAAGGAUGGCGAGACGGGUGCAGAGGACUACCCCGAAGAACAACCAUUGCGUCCACAUUCGGAAGGUGGAAAGGAGAUGAGCUUUGAAUUCGAGAGUGCCCAUGGCGGUGAUGCGCGCAGCACGACAAGCGAAUCAGGAGACGAAGAGUCUCAAGCGCAGGCGAUCGACCCGGACAGCGACGAUGAGCCUUUAUCCGACCUUGAUGAUAUGGAUCUUGAUGAUGCGGGCGAGGAUGACCCUGCUGCAGACGUUCCCAUGCCCACCGUUGAGGAUGAUGAUACAGGUGGUUCAGCCUCGAAGCUGCAGCUUCCUUUGCCAGACUCAUCGGAUACGCCAAAGAAGAGAGGCCCUGGCAGGCCACCAAAGAACGGCAUAAGAUCCAAGAGAGAGGAGAGGCUGCUCAGGAAAGCAGCUCUCGAGGAAGCCAAGAAAAAUGCACCACCACCCGUCCCAGGAGAACCUCCGAUUAAGAGAAAAGUUGGGAGGCCUAGGAAAAACCCCCUUCCAGAAGGGGCCGAGGACAGGCCAGAGAAGCGCAAGUAUAAGCCGCGGAAGCCGAAGAACGAAGACGGCGAGGUUUCGGAUGGCGAGAAGGCUGCCAGAGAAAAGAGGAAAGAGAAACACAAGACCCCGCCGCUCGAGCUCAAGCGGGAGGACUACACCGAGGAGCAGCUGCAGAAGCCCAACAAGAACUACAGUGUUCUGAUUGAUGAGGUUCUCAUGGAAGCGCCACCUGAAGGCUUUACCUUGAAGCAGGUCUACAAGCGCAUCCAGAUGAAGUACCCUUGGUAUUACUUUGAGGUUGAUACCAAGGGCUGGGAGAGUAGCGUGAGGCAUAACUUGAUUGGGAACGAGGCAUUCUAUAAAGAUGAUCACAUGUGGAAACGUGUUCCUGGCGUGGAAUUGGACGCUGGCAGGAAACGUAAAGCCGGUUCACCGGACCAGAAGAUGGCCGCUCCUCCCAACAUGGGGGGUGCAACACAAUGGACUUCACAAAUUCCACAGCAACAGCAAUACCACGUGGCUCAGGGGUAUUCACUUGGUCCGUCGCCAACUCCUGGUAUGCCGAUGGGCCACGGCCUGCCUCAGACGGCCCAGACUCCAAAGCAGCCGCUGCCACCACACCAGCCCACAGGAGUUGUCAAUCAGCAUCCUAUGCCACAGCCCAGCUAUCAGGCCCCGUCGGCAUAUCCACAGGCUCCUACUCCAGCACCGACGCAGUUGCCGGGCUACAUGCAAGGCAAUACUGCACGACAAGCACAGCCCGGGCCGCAGCAAGCACCUUACAAUCCAGCGUUUGCCAAUAAACCACAAUCGUCAUAUGUGCCAGCACCUGUGAACCAAGCUGCCCCGGCUGCGAUGAAUACACCACAGCAACAACCACACGUCCAGCACCAGGCUACUCAACAACAGAGGCCACAACCCGUCAACUACAAUCAAAACCAAAUGCAAGGAGCCCGAGGAGCUCAUCCAGGUACCAUGGGAUCAAUGAACCAGAACGCCGGUGCUCAGCUGGGUGUCAACAGGGCAACGAUGGCAGCACCCCCGCCUGCCGCGUUACCUCCACUCAAACCUGCCAUCGAUCCAGAUGUGGCCAACUUCCUCAAAAACUUCCGUAUUCAAGUGAUCAACCAGCUGGAGAAGAAGGUGCCACAGGCAGCGGAGCUGGUAGCCAUGUCGGUCAUCAACCGUGGUUUAGGCUUCUCUACUAUUUCAAUUGCGCCUGCCAGCGUGGCUCCAGUUGAAAAGGUCAUCAUGACGGUGUUCGACACAGCGAGACAGAAAUAUCCAACGCUUGCGGACCCGAAACUCGUCGAGAAACUGACAUCGUUCAAGAAGCUGGGGAUCGACACGCUCAAGGGGAAGUUGGGAGAGGAGAGGUCGGAAGCACUGGUUCUUUCAGCCAUCAACCGCGUGCUGGGUCUGUGUGAGGCAAGCUUCAUGCAGCCUGCAAAUGACACCCAGAAACAAGAGAUUGAGCAGGCAGAGGGGCUACUUAUCAAGCUUGCUAAGAACAUUGUACUCGAGUUCCAGAAAGAGGUUGCGGCCGCAUCAGUCGGCGCCGUAGCUGGCAACGGCAGGUAG